UAACCUGCUUGGCUUGGCUUGCCACUCGACUCGCACCCGCUAUCACCGCCUCACAGUCUCCCGACUACUCCUACCUUUCCUCAAUUGGAGAGACGUCCCGGGCUUCUUAAUCAAGCUUGCGGUACACCGACCUGACUCAUAUCAAAGACACUUCAUCGGGAGAAGAAGCCAGGUCGCAGGCUCGCUCUGAAGAUCCAACAUAAAGCAUCCAGCACUAUCGAUUAGUCAGCACUCGAUUGUUCGGCCAUGUGUGCAGGUUCAGGAGGACUACAUUCGAGCGGGCCGCUUGAUAAACAACACGUCGCACCCCCUUCGAGGCCUUGUCUACAGACGACCGAGUCCAUCGCUCCUUACUCCUCUUCACCUUCCUCCCCUUCGUCCUCUUCCUUGCCUUCGGGGUCGUCGUUGGCAAGCGACACUCAUGGAAAAUCUCAAAUGACUAUGGAUUCGAAUUUGAAGUCGAAGACGAAUAGCGAACCGGCGGCACCUUCGGGGCAUGGUUCUCAGAUUUCCAAAGUCUGGGCUAGACCGACAUUCAACGAGAUCAGACGGGAGGUGCAUUUCCCUAGACAUCCUUUUGCUAGGAAGGGGCGGGCGGAUGCAGGGUCGGCGAACGGCGAGGGGUCGGGAACGGGUUCAGGGUUCUCUUCGAGUUCAGGGUCAGGCUCAAAUCCAGGCUCGGGGUCAGGUCUAGCCACAUCAGCACCGCCACCCGACCCAGACCUUCCCGCCGCUACCCCGGAAGAGAUCGUCAACUGGAUCGUCUCCCACUGCCGUAUCCUCUGGGGUCCGAUCCAAGACCUCCUCGGAUACUCUCCCGCAGAAAUCGAACCUACUCUGGAAUGGUGGUCCGCCCAUAUCCACCCUGACGAUCUUCCCCGGUUGCAAAAAGAGAUCGGCGAGUACUGUGCGCCACACGAGAAUAGGGGCGCGGCGGAAUCGAGGUUGUGGAACGGGGUUUAUCGGUUCAAGAAGAAGGAUGGCGGGUGGGUCACGAUCGGGGAUAGGAUGAAUACCGUCAGGGAUGAAGAAGGGUAUCCGACAUAUGCGGAGAGCUAUAUGUACGAUCAUAAUAUGAGGCUGGACGAGAGGUCGAGAUUGAAGUCGAUCGGCAACGAGAACGAUUUCCAGAUCGUCUGCGGGAACAUGUACAGCGCGAUCUUUAUGAUGAACAGUUCGGGAUACGUGACUUUUAUGAAUGCCGCAGCGGAACGGUUGACGGGUUUCAAGUACGAAGAGAUUUCAAAAGUGACCUUCCACGAGGCGGUACAUUCGUUACGGCCUGACGGGUCGGCGUAUCCGAUCUCGCAAUGUCCUAUAUAUCUGGCCCAGGUGGAAAACACAAAGCUUACCAACGCCCCGGAGGUGUUUGUCGAUCGGGAUGGAAGGUUCUUCCCGGUAGUCUAUUCCGUUGCACCACUACACGGUGGAUACCAGCAUGGUGCCGUCAUUGAAUUCCGGGACGUCUCGGAAGAGGUGCGAUUGGAGGAGGAUAGGAUGAAGGCCCUGCGGCAGAACGAACAAAAGUCGGCCAAGAUCAAGCAGGAAGAAUUCUUGAGACAAAACAUGGCCGUCUUUACGGACUUUCUGUGUCACGAGGUGCGGAAUCCACUGCAUGGGAUCGCAGCCAACAAGAACUUUCUUCUGGAGUCGAUACAACAGCUCGAGGACGUACUUAAACCGUUCAUCCAGCAAGAGGAGAAUGGAGCAUCGGCAUCGAACGGGGAUUCAUCGAAGCCUUCAGUUAAAGAGGGAUCCAAGUCAUUGUUCGCUUCGAUGCGAGGAUACCUGCAAGCGAUCGACGAAUGUGCUGCGCAUCAGGGAAUGAUUCUGAACAGUGUACUGGACUUGUCUCGCUUGGAAAUGGGUGCGCUGAAAUUGUGCAAGGAACCCUUCUCGCCAUAUGAAAUCGCAAUGCAAGCCGUCAAGAUGUCCCGGGCGCAGGCAGAAGGACGAAACGUCAAGAUCGAGCUUGUAGCGGACGAGGAGACAAAGGCGAUGAUCGUCAAGGGUGAUCCGACGCCGGUGCGGCAAGUCUUCUUGAAUCUCAUCGGAAACGGCGUCAAGUUCUCGCACGCUGGAGGCACAGUGACCGCCAAGAUGAAAUUGCAGCAACAUGAUCACACGGACAAAUAUAGGAUGGAAGGCUCUAUUCAGGAUGAGGGGGUUGGGAUGACGCCGGUAGAGGUUGGCAGGCUGUUUCAGCGGUUCGCUCAAGCGAACCAACGCGUGUCCGAGGUGUAUGGCGGCUCUGGCCUGGGACUAUCCAUCAGCAAAGAGCUGCUCAAGCUGAUGGAAGGAGAGCUGAACGUUCAGAGCGAAAAGGGGCAAGGAUCACAAUUCAUGUUCACCGCCAAGUUUGGCAAGCUGUCAAAGGUCGAGCUGGAAGAGUUCCGUAACAAGAAUUCGAGACCUGCCACCCCGACCAUUGACGGCGCUGGUACCGUAACGCAGAACAGGAAACGCGGUGUCAAACCCGCUCGGCGCAGGUUCACCCAUAUCCUUGCCGCCGAAGAUAACGCUUUGAACCGGCAGAUCUUGGCGAAAUACCUCCAAAAGUGCGACCAUCUGACGCUCGUUAACGACGGGCAGCAAGCUGUCGAUUACUACAAGGAGCAUUCUCACGAGAUCGACAUCAUCAUCAUGGACCAAGAGAUGCCACUGUUGGACGGGCGGCAGGCUACCAAGCUGAUCAGGGAGCACGAGAAGGAACUCGAGGCUGCAGAAACGAAGACUACGGACGAACAGGAGUUGCAAGUCGGGCCGGGGCAAAGACGGAAGCGGAAAGAAUGGCUGCACCGGGUACCUAUCAUCGCCUUAUCUGGGAAUGUACGGUCGGAACAGAUUGCGGUAGCCAAAGAGGCUGGGAUGGAUGAUUAUCUGAACAAACCCUGCAGCAAGACGGCUCUCGAGACGAUGUUGGCGAAGUGGGAAGAAGUCAUCCUCGGCCCGGACGAGGAACUCAAUAAGGAGAAGGCAUCCGAACAGCAACAAGACACGCAUUCGUCGACCACUAAGACGAAACAGGAUCCAGCAUAAUAUGUACACAACGUGCUAAGCGCGUUGAGGAAGAGGCACAAAUGCAUAGACUACACAGGUCCUCAGAUUACAAACAGACAUCGCGCAUCAUCACACAUCAGGGACAGGCAUCAAAUCAACAAUUGUAGAGCACAGACAAUAGUUGUACCUACCACAUAUACCCCCUGUCGCAUCGUAUACGAUCAUUUUCGUUCCAUCGAAG